AUGCGAGUGCGAGUUAGGCGGCAAGUUCUUGCUACCGCCUUCAUCGCACCAAUUUUCUUCUUGGUCUACGCCUUCUCCAGACAGGAACGUGCUCUGCCGUUGUACCCUGAAGGGCCAUCUGAAGACUGUCGAAUCCCCUCAUUGGUGUUGAAUCUGUCGGAUUCAGAUAGCCUCGUUCCGGUGACGCAGCAUGUUGACUGUAACGCCAAUGGCCUACGAUUCACCAUUGAAAAGCCACGAGAGCAAAUUGACGCUGACGGUAUUUUGCCGAAGAAUGCGUGGCUCGACCACGGAGCACUAAACAUCGUUCCGGAAUCCGGGAGAUUCCAGUGCGACGCUUUUCCUAUCUACCGGCUUGAUGAGUAUCGGUCGGUGUAUGGUAAUCCACUUGUAGACGUAUCGUCAGGCUACCGUCCGCUGCAUCCUCAGUUCAUGUUGCUAUGCCAACCACGCUCGAAUGUGCUCUCAAGUCGAAAUUACACGUGGGAUGCAGACCUACUGCUCACUCAGAGACGCUUCUACUUUUGUGGAAGUCGUCAAGUGAUGGAUGGGGUGAACUACAACACCACAGCACCAAACGUUCUCCUGCUUGGGGUAGAUUCAUUGUCUCGCCUGGCCUGGCAGCGCUAUCUACCGAAAACUCUUGACAAGUUUAAUUCCCUUAUUGAAACACGUGGGGCAGUGUUCCCUAAGUAUCACGUGGUUGGGGACGGAACAACGAGCAAUCUACUGGCUCUGUUAACUGGCCACUUUGAACAAGAGCUCCCUGAAAGCCGACGCUUCAAGCUACGCAUAGUGGAAGGUCAAGGAGGCCUCGUGCAUGGUCUGGUUUCAGAGGAAGGUGACUACAAGGGCGCCGAGACAACACCGCUGGACAAGUUUCCGUGGAUCUGGAGUGAGUUCAAGGAGCGUGGAGGCUACGUGACGCAUUUCAUUGAAGACAGUCCAAACUGGGGCACAUUUCAGUAUCGACUUCAGGGAUUUGGCAACCGAAUGCCUCCAGUAGACAGUUAUGCGCGUCCGUGUCUUGUUGCCGCUGCUCAGGAUGAGGCGCGUUACGGAAAGCUGCUGGGUUGCACGGCGUCAACGCCAACGCACAAACUCCUGCUAGAGUCACUGCGGGAAUUCUUCUAUGCCAACGCGAAUCGACCUCGUUUCUCGCUCACAUUCCUCUCCGAGAUGAUCCACGAAGAGCCGUCCAUGGCGCGAGCCGUGGAUGAAGACUUAGCUGACCUCCUGCAGCAGAUCGAUGAAGAUGAUGCGCACGGGAGGGGGGAGUUCGCGAACACCAUUGUGGUCCUCUUUUCUGAUCACGGAGCAAGAAUGGGCAAAGCCAGACUGUCUCUGCAGGGGAAACUGGAGGAGAGACUUCCGAUGCUCGGAAUACUCUUUCCUCGAAGACUCGCUCACCAAUGGAGUGACGAGCUUAAUGUGUUGCGCGACAACUCCGAUCGACUCUGCUCGCCCUUCGACGUGCACGCCACCCUUCAACACCUCAUCUCAGGGGUCGUCAAGCCUCCGGAAGGCAGGGGUCAGAGUCUGUUUACGCCGUUGCCAAGGGAACGCACGUGCAGAGAGGCGGGAAUUGCGACGUAUUGGUGCACCUGUGCCAGGUGGGUGGCUCUGGCACCAAACCUGGCGGGAGUUUGGCCGAGUGAAGUGAAUCGUGCAGUUACGACCACUCUUGACGCCGUAAAUUCAGCAAUCCGCGUCUUGGUGGCUGACAACGGCAAAAUGGACAACGGUGGCAAGGUCACGAAGAUAGUGGGCGUCUGUGAGAAACUGGAAUUGGCAGAGGUGAUUUCUGCCGAAGUUUCAAUGAUUUCACACGACGUCGUGAACUUCAAAGGCACAGCUGACCGUGAUGGCCGAAUUCCCCUUUUCGACCGGGAAGGCGGCGACCAGAAGGCGACGCUGGCACUGCGUCUGCAUCUACGUGUCAAACAGAAGGACGCUCACUUCGAGGUGCUGCUCUAUCGCGACGCCAACGGGAAUUUCCAGAGACCGGAUUUGGAAGAGAUCAGACGACUAGACGCCUACGAAGAUCACGCCAACUGCCUUGAUCCACAGCGAUGGAGCCAUGCCAGACGACUGUGCAUUUGUCGAUAG